UUAUUGAACAGACACGCCAUAUUCGCCAAAGGCGGAAAACGCCUAUCCCAGCCAAUCCUCCGUUCCGCCCCUCGGUCAUUCACGGCCCAUACGCGCCGCGGCGGCGACUGAGUUACACGAGCCAGUGUAGGAAUGAUCGUGAACGCGGCAACUGAGACGCGGCUUGUUCGGCACGGGAAUCAAUGGCGGUAACUCUUAGAGCGGUGCGCGUAGGAUCACUACUGUUCACGUCGCUUCGGGAAAGCUCCUCUUAUACGCAUUCUCGGAGUUCGGUCCGAAGCCGAACCUACUGCCGUGCAGGCUCGGAACCUGCAGCCCCUCAAUCAGCAAGCCUCGCAUCCGAACCUGUUCCGAGCCAGUUGACCAAUGAGCGGAUAAAAUCCGCUUCGGCAUGUGCUAGACCAGAUAAUUCGGCUCGGGACGCUUCACCGAGGCUGGGUGCCGAACCUGGGAGGUCAGGUUCCGGCCAUGGUUCGGCACCUGGUAACCACGUGGCUGGGUGGGAUGCUCCAACGAUCCAAGUGGUGUUUGAAAACGAAGACGUGGUCGCCGUCAACAAACCUCCGGGAAUCAUGGUGCACGCGUCUCGUGAAGCGCCCCGGGAGGAGCGAACGCGACGAUUCUUUGUGAAGGACAUGGUGGAACAGCAGCUGGGGCUAGACCGCCCUCUCUUCCCCGCGCAUCGCAUAGACAGGCCAGCCAGUGGCGUGCUGGUGUUCGGCCGCACAGCUGACGCGUGCACGGGACUGCGAGAGGCCAUGGCACACCCUCUGGCUGUUAAGGAGUACAUUGUCCUCGUUAGAGGCUCCCCCCCUAAUGCAUUCACAUCCGAUAAGCCGUUGAAAGAUGACAAGGGCGCUGUGAAACCGGCAAGUUCCGAAUUCAGAAAGCUCCUGGAGAUUCCGCAGCACCGCUGCGCGCUGCUCUCAGCACGCAUAACCACGGGCCGCAGGCACCAGAUUCGACGGCACCUCAACCAUUUCGCUUUCCAGGUCAUAGGCGACUCUGUGCACGGCAAAGGCCGCACCAACGCCUAUUUCCGCGAAAAUCACCGCCUGCCUCCCGCCCGCCUCUUCCUACACGCUGCCCGCCUGCUGCUGCCCCUGCGAGCCCUCCAAGUCGGGCAAGGCGGGAGGCCCGGAUUGGGGCGCAUGCAUCUGGGUGCUGCUGCACUCCAAGCCGAGUCCCCUGCCUGGCUCGCACCAGAAGCACCAGCUUCCCAUCUACCACUCGCAUCUGAAGCCGAGUCUCCCAGCAUCCACACAUUCGAAGGAGGAUCUACUUCAAGGGAUGGUAGGGGAAAGGAUGAGGGGUUUCUUGAGGUUGUUGCUCCGCUGCCCAAUGACCUUGUGAAUGUUCUGCUCUCUCUUGACCUAGACCUUGCAACGAUAAUGAAUCUACAUUUGCUCAAACUGACUCCUAAUAUUCCCUCAUAGUAUUGCUUACCAACAGUGUAGGGAGCACAUAUGGUACAUCUGUUGGUAAAAAAAUCGACCUUAUUAU